GGUCGGCGGCGAGACGGGCUGCGGGAGACAGGACUGCGGGAGCCUCCCGAUGCGGUGCCGGGCUGCCCAUCAGGAAAGGGUUUGGACAAGCUGUGCAGGCUUGGCAGACACUGCCCCAGUGAUCCACCUUGCAAUCCAGGGAGGACGCAUUGGAAGUGAAGGAAUGAGGACAUGAACAGAGCAGGGGUGCUGUCCUCCUGCAGCAGCCAUGUUACACCAAGCCUGGCAGCUCUGUGGGAGGUGGUGCCGUUGGUCCAGUCCUUUUAUCCAUCUCCUCACACUGACUGUGGUGACAUUCAGCGUGCUUGCACCUUUGUUGUGCCACCGGCUCCUCCACUCUUACUUCUAUUUGCGGCAUUGGCACCUGAAUUCCAUGAGCCAGGAUUUCCUGGAGCAGAACCAGCAGGAGGGUCAGGCUGCCCUCCAUUACUUUGAGAACCUACAGGCACCAAACUCCUCCAAGGCCUCUGACAGUGACGCCUUCCAGCCCUUGUUGCUGAUCACCAUUAUCACUGUGCAGAGGCAAAAUGAUUUCCACUAUGUCUUGCAGGUGGCCUCCCAUUUCCACCACCUCCUCCAGAAGUGUGGUGCACACUGCAGGAGCCACCGCAUCCUCCUCUGUAAUGUGGAGUCAGACCCCAGCAGCCAUCAGGAUGCCAUGCUGCUGAGUAGCUUCUUCCCUGUGGUCAGUCGUGACAAAACUGGGGGGACCCUUGACCCCAGAGUGACCCAGUUUGAGAAGGAGAAGCAGGACUAUGUCUAUUGCCUUGAGCAGUCACUGUUGGUGUACAACCCAGAAUAUGUCCUCAUAGUAGAAGAUGAUGCUGUGCCAGAGGAGGAGAUAUUUGCUGUCUUGCAGCACCUCUUAUUGAACCGGUUCUCCAAACCAUACCUCAGAGAUGCACUCUACUUCAAGCUUUACCAUCCUGAGAGGCUUCAGCACUACUUCAACCCUGAACCCAUGAGAAUCCUGGAGUGGCUAGGGCUGGGCAUGUUUCUGGGUCCUGUGCUGGCCUGCAUGUACUCCUGGGUAAUGGGGCACUCCAGCCUCAGUUGGCUCGUGGUCAUCUUCUUUGCUGUGUACAGCAUGGCCUUGUCAGAGCUGGUGGGACGGCACUACCUGCUGGAGCUGCGCCGGCUGUCCCCCACUCUGUACAACAUCGUGCCUGUCACCGAAUGCUGCACGCCUGCCAUGCUCUUCCCUGCUCCUUCUGCCCUCCGUGCCUCGGGUUACCUGAAGGGGCUGCGCUGCCGCCAAGGCUUUGCUAAAGACACUGCCCUCUACUCACUGCUCCGUGCCAAGGGGGAGAACGCCUACGUGGUGGAACCCAACCUGGUCCGGCACGUGGGGAUGUAUUCCAGCCUUCGGCUAAAUGACAACCCAAAGCUGCUGUGAUCUGUUUAUACCUUUACUAGACAUGAAGCCCGGAGGUGUUGGCACUAGGCAGAGAGACAGAGUGCAAGAUGCAGUAUGACUCUCAUUGGGCGUUCUGUGCUUCCAGGUGGACAAAGAAUAACUCUUAAAAACCAAAAGGUUUCUUACAAAGUAAACUUACAUACAUGCAGACCCUAUUUGAUAUAUAUUUCAUAUAUGACUACCAUGCGCCACAUGGGAGGGGAGUGGAGGGUUCCAGUUGAGGGUUGUGGAUUCUCCUCUACUCAGUCAUUCCUAGGGAAGAGCUCUCAGACCAAAGUAAACAGCUAUACUGCCUACUUGCCUUUACAUGUGUUGCAGAAAUCACCCCUUCAGGGCAACAAAUGUUGGCCAAAGUGAAUGUUUCACAUUCAGUGUAAUGAGGAGGAAAAGCCUAUGUUUUCCCAUCCUUACUAAGGUCUGAUCUUUGACCUCUGUGUUUCAAAACUGUGGUUUUGAGCAGAUCUUUCAAAAGCAGCAGUGGUUUACAUGAAUUUUCCCACAAAUUUCACCUAGAUUUUAUAAAAUUUUAUAAAGCCUCUCUCUCCCCUCAAAGAUCUUUUCUGCACCUCCACUCUUCCCACUAUGUUUGGGGCAGAGGCUUUCAAAGAUUCUGAAAGUAGGAAGGAGCAACAGAAUAGCAGUCUUUAAUGUAACAGCCAGGUUGCAAAUGCACAUUUUCAUCUCUAUAUUAGACAUUAUAAACAAGAAAGACUACUGUGUUUGUUGGUCACCACUAUUGAUUGUAGGGGAUCCAAGUCAUUAAAAGAGGCCUUACCAGCUGCUGAUUUGACUUAGGCAUUCAACAUGAAUUUACCUUGACUUUCUAUCAGCACAGAGGCAAGGAAAAGAUUACAUUAUGUGCUGCUAUUGUGCAGGAUCCUUGUUUCAUUUUGGAGCUGCAAUUCACAGCUCAGCCUCAUUCACUGCAGUAGGUGAAAUGCCCCCAAAAAGCAAAGUUAGUUGUUCAUAAAACCAAGUAACAAUAGCACAAUGCAUAAAGGGGACACUUUAGUACUGAGCCAUUGACUUCAUGUGCUCUGUUUGUUAGGCAUUUAGGGUAAGUACUUUGUACCACAGUUGUGGGCACAGUUAAUAUAAAACCACACAGAUGUCAGAGAUCUCACACAGAAUCAAAAUUGGCACCAAAAUGUUUAUGUUUAGUGAAAAGCCCACCUUCAGGGGGCUUUGUAUCAAAUUCACUUACAUAUGGAGUUUGGCUGUCCUGUUUUUAAAAACAUAUUCCUGUUUUUAGAAUGAACCAUGUAUAGUAUUUUUGUCAAGUUUUGGUCAGUGAGUUCUUUUUUGGGGAUUUUUUUGGUUAAAGAAGAGAUCUGCUUUGAA